AAAAUAUUAUUUCCUUCGAAUCCUUGCUUGAUAUUAUGUGUGAAAGUUAUUGAAGCUCAAUCAAAUUGAUUCUUUCUUUUAUCCCCAAGGCACUUCACAAGUGGUUACACGGCAAACGAACUUAUACCCUAAAGCGCGCUGAUUUCUUGAGAGUUAAAUAAGAACGCCGUUCCAGCAAAGACAUAGACGGCUUGCCAUGAAUCACCUUCAUAAAUACUUGAAUGAUUUCCAUUAUACGGCUUCUGAAAUUGCUACCUCAGUAGGCUACAUCUCCCACAUCUUUUCUCAAUCACUUGCACAAAAGUUGCCAGUUGUCAGCUUCGUACCAACUAGAAAAGACCAGCGAUGGCAGAACUCUACGGCGACAACAAGCCUGCUCAAAUUGGCAUUGCUGUAGCCUUGUCCAUGCUUGUGAUGACUGACUUCAUUGGAAACAUCCUGGUUAUACUCGUUAUUCUGACCAAUAGAUCCAUGAAAACUCCAAUCAACUACCUUCUCAUUAACCUUGCAAUAGCGGAUAUCAUGGUCGGGCUUUUCAUGGCACCGCGAUUCAUCUUCAGCCAAUUUUUCAAUCAUCCUGAUGGAAUCGGAGGAAAAGUGAUGUGUAGUCUACUGACUGGAGCAAACAUUGCCUGGCUUGCUUUGGUCGCAUCAUCUGCGUCUCUGGUUGCCAUCUCGUUGGAACGAUACUUUGCUAUCGUACGCCCUCUCUCCACAAAAUACAGACUUACCAAGACGAAGGUCAAGCGUACAAGCACCCUCUGCUGGGUUUUCGGUUUGGUGAUAAAUCUCCCAUUGUUCUUUAUCAGGGUUUAUGACAAGAAAGACAAACUGUGCGUAGAAUCAUGGCCAAAGGAUAAACAGUGGCUUGCCAUUGCGUACAGUGCAGUUUGGUUUAUUGCUGUGGGUGUCGUUCCCAUAGCAGUAAUGGUUGUCGUUUAUUCUAGAGUCGUUUACGCCCUUUGGUUCAAGCGUUCCCAACAACAAGGUACUCAGCAAGCCCUACAGAAAUCAAGAAAGAGGGUGACCAAGAUGGUAGUCAGCGUCAGUGUCAUUUAUGCCGCCUGCAUGCUUCCAAACCUCACUAUGUAUCUUCUGGAUUACGUUACUGAUCAGAAAGAAUACGACGUUCAGUAUAUAAUAAGCAUUAUACUGUAUGCCCUCAACUCAUCCAUAAACCCAGUCGUCUACACUUUCCAAAGCCAGCAUUUUCGACAACAGAUGAAAAAACUGGUUUGCUGUGGAAAACUUCCUGCAGGUGUUGACUUGGAAAUAUCUAAUAUCUCACUUAAUAAAUCCCGAUCAUAUGUCGUUUCCAGUGCCACAAGUCUAGAGACCAUUGCUAACUGAGCAUGUCGCUUGCUCGCUGAUGAAGAAAAUCAGCAAACUAAACGUUUGGUCAACUACCUUUCAGUAAUAUAAAUGUUUUAUUAUAUAUAAUGCAAGUCUUGACUGAUUGCACUGUAAAACACUUACGUCAGCACUACAGCACUAAAGGCAUGGUAUGGACAAAGUUAUUUAAAUGGACCGUUUACUCUUUUCAAGGUCAUGACAAAAUGCAACAAAAUAGACUGUUUAUUCAAGAAGAUGCUUUUUUUUUUWAAUAAUAUAAUAGCCCACGUUGGUUGAGCCCAUAAAGUGACUUCAUACCUGCUAAGCUUAUAAAAUGACGGAGGACUUCUCUUUGGAUUAAUAUUGAAAACAAUAUUUAUAUACACCUUCUUGCAAAAAGGUUGUCAGAAGAAAAUUGGAAAAUAAACCUUUAUUAAUUUAGUAAAUUUUAAAAUAGCUUUUUUACACUAGAAAAACUUACGAAACUAAAACCACAAAUUCUAUCGAUGCCUGGCCUAGUAUGAUCGGAUUAGGACACCCAAGUCCGACCUCUUAAAUUAUUUAUUCCUAAUCAGUAAAUUUACUAAUAUUUACUAAAUUACUUAAAGUUGAUUUUUCAAUUGUCCUAGGACAAUUUUUUUGCAAGUAGGUGUAUAUAUCUUUUUUAUUUAAAGUGUUGACUUAAGUAUUUUACUGAAAUUGACAAGACACUUGAUAUCUAAGCAUGAUAUUGACGAAACUAUUUAAUUGAAUUAUAUGUUUAUAAUCAUGGGGAAAAAAGCAUUACAAAAACUGACUGUAUAAUCCAUAAUAUUUUACCUUUUUCUUUUUGAAUUGAUAAAGACGUUCGAUGUCCAAACGUCGUAAGUUAGUUUGAAAUUUUUUCAGUAGAUUUUAUAGAAUUUUGAAUAUUGGGUAUUUUUAAUCAUUUGGCAAAAUAUUAAAUCGAUAAGUUUUGGAAUCCGUUGUUUAAGAGAUGUCCUAGCUCUUAUUUAACUGCCAUGCUAUUUAGUACGUCACUGGCAAACAUCUUGUCGAUCACCUCUUGCGUAUUUUAAGAUAGAUAUAUUUAUUUCACCUACAUUUUAUUUUCUUAUUUGUUUGUUUGUUUGGUUUUGUUUGUUUUUUUCUUUUUCUUUUUCUUUUUUAAGCGGCACCCAUAUAUAUGAAUAAACCAGUGUUGCUAUAUACCGGGUAUCUGGUAGGACCUAUACCUAUAAUCCAUUUGGUUUUCUUAUUGCCACUUGCACUUGCACUUUUAAUUGAAGUUCCAUUGCUCCUUUUACGGUCAACUAAUAUACAAUAAGAUAGCAGAUCUUGCAGAUCCUUCAAAAAAAAUUUUUUUUCUUUUCUUCUUCUUCUUCUUUCUGUGAUAAAAAAAUUUCCAUUCGGAAAAAAAACCCAAAUCACAAAUUGAUUGUCGAAACGUUUAAGAGAUACGACAAAAUAAUUCCACGUAAGGAUAGUCGUUCAUCAAUUACCCUCCCCAUUUUCUGAGCUAACCGCCGUCGUCUGUUGUGCGGAAGGUCGUGGUUCAAGCCUCGGCCGGACCAACACCCAGGGUCUUAAAAUAACUGAGGAGAAGUUGCUGCCUUUGUAAAUAGAUCUGCAAAUGGUUAGACCUUGGAAAGUCUUCUCGGAGAAGGUCUUAAAACAGUAGGGCUCCGUCUGUCUUUACUAUAUAACUUGGUAUAAGGCGUACGUAAAGGAUCCACUGAAGAUCCGCUGCUGAAGACCAUCUUCAGUACCAGUGCUAAACACAAGACGGCCACAAGUUAAUCAGUUACCAAAAUUACUGUCACGUGUUACCCUCAUUAAAUAAUGUCUUCAAUCAAUCAAUCAAUCAGUCAAGCUUAACAACCAAAGCCCCACCGAAUGAGCCCACCAACAAUGACAUAUUCAUUAUCAGAUCCAUCUUGAUGAAUAGCAUAAAUGUUGCCUACUAUGAAUAUUAUUAUUAUAUGAUAACUUUCAUUAAAUCAUUAAAUUGAAA